AGGCGUCGUCCUGGGGCCCGCCCCGCGCCACGUGACGGGAAGCAGCUGAUGGCCGCUCCCGGAGGAGGGAGGGGCGGCGGGGCCGUGAGCGGGAGCGGAGCCGGCGGGCGGGAAGCGCCCGGCCGGGGUCGCCGCGCCAUGAGGGGCCGCCCGCGCUAAGCAGCAUCCGGGGGGCGGAGAGCAGCGGCGGCCCGCCCGGCGCCAGCCCCGCGGCCUCAUGGAGGCCAGGCCCGGCGCGGGCGGCGCGGAGGCCGGAGAGGUUCCCCUACUACUGGCUGAGCUGAAACCAGGGCGCCCACACCAGUUUGAUUGGAAAUCAAGUUGUGAGACCUGGAGUGUUGCCUUUUCUCCUGAUGGUUCCUGGUUUGCCUGGUCUCAAGGACAUUGUAUUGUCAAGCUGAUUCCAUGGCCCCUUGAGGAACAGUUCAUCCCCAGAGGAUUUGAGCCUAAAAGCCGAAGCAGCAAAACAGAUCCCAAGGGGCGAGGCAGCCCAAAGGAAAAGACGUUGGAUUGUGGUCAGAUUGUCUGGGGUUUGGCCUUCAGUCCGUGGCCAUCGCCACCCAGUCGAAAGCUCUGGGCACGGGUCUGCCCCCAAGCACUGGAUUUCUCUUGCCUUAUUCUUGCUACGGGACUCAAUGAUGGACAGAUCAAAAUUUGGGAGGUGCAGACAGGGCGACUGCUUUUGAAUCUGUCGGGCCACCAGGAUGUGGUGAGAGAUCUGAGCUUCACACCCAGUGGAAACUUGAUUUUAGUUUCUGCAUCAAGAGAUAAAACUCUUCGAAUCUGGGAUCUAAAUAAAGAUGGCAAACAGAUCCAGGUGCUGUCUGGCCAUCUGCAGUGGGUUUAUUGCUGUUCCAUCUCCCCGGACUGCAGCAUGCUGUGUUCUGCAGCAGGAGAGAAGUCCGUGCUUCUCUGGAGCAUGCGGUCCUACACACUAAUUAGGAAGCUAGAGGGGCACCAGAGCAGCGUGGUUUCUUGUGACUUCUCACCUGACUCGGCACUGCUUGUUACAGCUUCCUAUGACACCAGUGUCAUCAUGUGGGAUCCCUACACUGGAGAGAAGCUGAGGACACUUCAGCACGUGUUAGACUCUCAGUUGGAUUAUACCCGUGAUGUCCAUGCCAGCUCACUGAGAUCAGUGCGCUUCUCUCCAGAAGGCUUAUACCUUGCUACAGUGGCAGAUGACAGACUGCUCAGGAUCUGGGCUUUGGAACUGAAAACUCCAGUUGCAUUUGCUCCUAUGACCAAUGGUCUUUGCUGCACAUUUUUUCCACAUGGUGGAAUUAUUGCCACAGGGACAAGAGAUGGCCACGUCCAGUUUUGGACAGCACCCAGGGUCCUAUCAUCACUGAAGCACUUAUGCCGGAAAGCCCUUCGUAGUUUUCUCACAACUUACCAAGUCUUAGCACUGCCAAUACCCAAGAAAAUGAAAGAGUUUCUCACUUACAGGACCUUCUGAGCCAUGUCAUGUGAUUUUGUUCAAAGACAAAAAGAGAACAUGGAGACCCAUUCUCUCCUAAUAACAAGAUUAACUUUUCAAAGCAAAGGUGGAGCUGAAAUCAUGGAAUGGAAACAAGAUGGGCUUGUAAAUUAUGAUUCUUCUUUGAAUUAGAAUUGUUUUGGAUUGUAAACAAGCAGUCAAUAGACUAGCCAGGGGAAUAAACCUGGUGAACUGGUCAUUGACCUUUUUAUCUAUAAUGUUCAAAAUCCAGUAAUAGAGAAGGUGGUUCCAUUUCCAUGGCUACAGAGCUUUAGUUGAAAUUGUCCACUUAUUAACAGCACAGUUUAAUUCUCUUGGUGUCUUGAUUCAAAGUGCAGUUAAUAAUGUUGUUUUGCUUACAAAAGUAACUGGGCUUUGAGCUCUCUUUAGUGGUAAAGGAAAGAAGCAAAAUCUCCCUCACAGGGAAAUCUGACUUCUGCCCAACACUUGUCUCAGUUUAGUCCUUAAAAGCAGUGGUAGCUAAACAUUUAAAUUGUUCUCUUGCUCUUGGUUCAGAGUAUCAGGGACCAUGCCUUUGUUUAGCCAAGUGCAAAUACUUUUAAUUUAUAAAGUCAAGUUUGUCAUUGUUUUUCCUCUGCUUUUGACUUUGACAAACCAGACAUAGCUUUAAUAGGGGUGCUUGGGGGGAGGGGGGCGGUCCUUGGGUGUGAGUGAACAUUGGAGCUAACCUGAAUGAACAGCCUAUUUAAAUCAGAGGGUGUGGUGUGGACUGAUGAAGACAUUCUAAUUGGCUUUAAAAAUAAUGGUGUGCAUGUAAAGGAGGAAUCGGUGUCAGAUUACAAGAAGGGUGCAUUUCUAAUUGCAUGACUCUUACUGAAUUUUCAGUGGUUUGCCAUUAACAGCAUAUUUAUUUGUGCUUUCUGAGCAUAAGUUGUUUAAGGUACAAUUUUGUUUUUCUCUAUGGUUAACGAAAACCAUAACGUAAUCAGAAAGGCUGCCAGAAAUGGCACUUCAAAGCUGUAUGGAGGUGUCUGGUUUCUCAGUGCUUCAACUGGUAUUUUUAUAAUAUAUGUAUGAGAUCAGAGUUUCCUGUCUAACUCAAUUUCUAGUCCUGCCUCCCAAAUGAAAAUAACUUUUUUACGAUUCAGGUUUUUCCUUCAACCAGUCAAUCAAUAAACAUUUAUUAAGCACCUACCAUGUGCCAGGCACUGUGCUUACUGCUGUGAAUGGAUGGAUACAAAAAGAGGCAAAAAGUAGUCCCUGUCCAAAGAGAGCUUACGAUCCAAUCUAAUCCUUUUAAAAUGUAAUUUUUGCAUUUCUUUUUAAGGAAAGGACACAUUCUUUUCCUUAGACCCUGUCCCUCUCCCAUUUUACUGGUAUUAUUUUGGUAGAAUGCUGGUGUACGGCUUACUGCUCGACUCUUUAGAUCCCUUUCAUCUAUGAGAUAUUCAGAGGAGGGACUAUACUCAACUUGAGACCUGGGAUCAACUUCUAACUUUAACACCAUGUGGUCCAUGUGGUUUUUGGCUUCUACUCUACCAAACUAGGUCUCUGAGAGCCCUCCCUCUUCAGAUUUGUGAUGUGGAAAAUAUGAUUGCUGAGAGAGGAAAGUGAAGCCAUAGCUUUAUUGUAUGUGGAGUCAUGGAAGAAAGAGUUUAUCUUAAAUAGGGGUGAUGUUUCUAAACUGCCAUCCAAGGACCCAACUAUAUCGAUCACCUCUCAAGAAGCUUUAGUAUUUCAUGGAGCUGCACUGUGCCACUAGCACAUAUUGGUAACCCUUCUGCACUUUGUGGAGGGGUUAAGAAGCACCUCUCUUCCGUAACACUUUGUGAUCUGUUAGUGGGACUUGUUCUUCAAUCUGUGCUGAGGCACAAGAGGAAGUUAAUGGGGAUCACUUCCUGAGUAUUCUCAAUCAAAUGGGGAGCCUCCUUUUCAAAGAAUAUAUCAUUUACAGUCUAUAUUAGGGAGUGUAAAGGGAAAUUGAGACUUCUCUAUGGCUUCUGAUAAGGAAUCACAGAAUUACAAGAAAUUGAUUCCAUUAAAAAAAAAAAUUCACCAAGUUCUAAGACCCUUAUAUUAAGAAUCGAUCCAA